AUGAAUUAUCCUUAUCAGCCAUAUAGGCCAUAUUAAAGAGUACCCAAUACUUCAGUGCAUAACCCAAAUAUUAUGUCUUAUGUCGAUUCAGUGCUAUCAAAAUCUAGAAAUAAUUAUGCUUCUGUGUAAUUGGACCCAUAACCAAAGUAUCAAACAUAUUAGACCAACACAAUCAAAAGUAAUACAGAUUUAAAAAUUACAACCAAUUCUCCCUUAAUCUUAUCGCAAAAAUCCAUGGUUAUUUAGCCUACUCUAAAAUCGAAAUAAGAAUACUAAUCUCCGAAAAAAGUGGAAUCACUAUCCUUUUAAUCAGAGAUCCCUCUUGUAAUCCCACUCAUUCCCUUGAUGGCUAAUGUCAGAGAAGAAUAUUCAAAAAAAUAAGUUUCUACGCCUGUUAGUUAAACAAGUUCUCCGAUCAAAAAACUAGAAAAACCCAAAGAAAAAUAUAAGAAUUUUGCAAUCAUCAAAAAAUUAGGAGAUGGACAAUAUAGCGAAGUCUUUCUUGCAAUGCAUAUACAAACAGGCUUUUUGGUUGCUUUAAAAGUGAUUCAAAAAUCUUAAAUUAUUAAAGAGAAUAUGUAAGCAUAAUUGGCUUGGGAAAUAAAAAUACAAUAUCUUCUUGAACAUCCUAAUAUAACCAAAUUAUACACUUUCUUUUAAACUCCAACUGAAAUUGUGCUUGUGUUAGAAUAUUGUUCACAUGGAUAAUUAACUGCUCUCUAACAAAUUCAACCAGUGAAAAAGUUUUAAGAGAGAAUAGCAGCUUAAUAUAUACAACAAAUUACACUUGCAUUGAUGUAUAUUCACAAUCAAGACGUCAUUCAUCGAGACAUCAAACCUGAUAAUAUCCUUCUAAGUUUUGGAUAAGUGAAAUUAGCUGAUUUCUCAUUUUGUGUGUAUUCUCCUGAUGAAGAGAGAUAAACUCAGUGUGGAACAAUCAUAUAUGCUUCUCCUUAAAUUUUAGAAGGAGAAACCUAUGAUAAGAAAAGUGAUAUCUGGGGAUUGGGUGUGUUAACCUAUGAACUAUGUUUUGGUAAACCACCUUGGAAAGAGAAUUAAUAAGAAUUGAUGAAAACUGCCUGUUUUAUGAUUCCUUAUACGGCAUCCAGAGAUUUAAAGGAUUUCAUUGAGAAUCUUAUGAAACCGUCUUUCUAGAGAUCGAUUUACUGCACAACAAGCCUAGAAUCAUGCUUGGCUUCAAAGAAUUGUAUUAAAUGUACCCAAUUAUAUACAAAACAAUGA